UAAACAUUAAAUAAACAAAAAGUAGUUUUCGGGUAGAACACAAUGGUUUGAUUUCCAAAAUACAUCACAGUGCCUGAUUCAUCAAUUAUUUUCCCUGAUUAUCAGGUGGUGCUGGAUGCAAAGUGUGUGCAAUGCAUCGUGCCGUAGUCGGUCAUAGAUCAGGUAUGGAGAGUGAGGACCCAAUCGAGGACGACGUCGAUAGCUCGACGGAAGCAUUCGACCAAAGUACGUUGAGCAUAAAACCUCAAAUCAAGGGCACUGUGCAAGACAUUUGGCAACGUCCGACCCGCCGGCCACUCCCAGCUGAUGGCGAGGUGACGCUAUGCUUCGAAAUUCCCUUGGCACGAAUUCUGCCGUCCGGUGCUACCGGGGAUGGAGGCACCAGCGCGGGUAAAAAGUAUGUGGUGUAUGAAGUGAGCAUUCGUAAGGAUGGCCCUGGGCCGGACCCCUACCCGACCAGCAUCGAGCGACGCUACACUCACUUCCUUAAGCUUUAUGAGGGGCUUCGAAAGGACCAUCCGGGCGCCGUUCAAAUGAUCAACUUCCCGAAAAAGGUGCUUAUGGGAAACUUCAGCGCCGAACUGAUCGCCGACCGGAGUGCUGCCUUCGAGAGCAUUCUCGAUCAUCUCGUGACCGUGCCUUUGCUCCGUGAAUCGGAGCAUUUUCUUGAGUUUCUGCAGGGAGACGAACUGCGUAACGCGUGUCAAUUAUUGGACGAACGUCGGAACGAAUUGGCGGUGCCACUGCUGGAAAAUUGCUUUCGUUUGCUGAACAAAAUCUUCCUCGAUAAAUCAAAGUGCGUGUUGCUGUUGCUCUGUCGGUUGGUGGCCGCCUGCACCACAUCCCCCAUACCGCAUUCGGCGGCGGAACAGUGGGCCGAGCUGGCCCUGCGGCGAUACGAACACGUGUGCGACACGGAACUGUUGGUGCUGUAUAUUCCGCUUUUGCAAACCUGUCUUCACCUGUGGUGGCAACGUGGGCGCGAUCGUACCCUGCUUGAGGAACGAUUGAACGAAAUGGGUCGGAAGGGAAUCAAAGUAAAGGGAGGUCCAACGCUUGCCCAAGCCAUUCACGCUUUGGAUCCACGGGCGGAGACUAUCUAAGCAUGUGCUCUAAACCGUUACACCUCUGUCUCUCACAAGCAACCAUCACAAGAGUAGAAAUUCAACAUCACAGACUAUCCUUAGGUACUUUUUUGGAUUAAGUUUAAUUUUUGGUCGGUUUUAUAUGGUCUUUUAAUUUAUUAUAUAAAGGAUAAUUCUACAUGCUAGUGCUGUCUGCUAAAACUAAGCUAAAUUGUUCUCGAGCAGCAUUUUUCUACAGCUAGAAGACGAACGGUAGAACAGCUCCUUUUUAGUUUUGGGUCGUUAUGAAUGUAAGCAAUAUGUGCCGUUUUCGCCAUUGGAUAUUUUAUACAAUAAAUAUAAAUUUUAAACGCUUUGUCUUUAUC